AUGUCAUCAUCUAAAGCAAAAUGGGAUAGUCUCAGAUCAAGAUGGAAUGUUUUCCGUUCCUAUUCUCAUGAAUAUCAUUUUAACAACGAGCUUACUCCAUGGAUGGUAAAAACUCUACUGAUUCUCAAGUUUCUGAUAUUUGUUGUGUCACAUUUAUUCUUGAUCAUUGGAGCAGCAAUAUCAAAGCUUGUGGUAAUUUUAUUGGCAACCAAUAUCGAGUUGAAAUCUUCGGGAAGCUCUUUUGAAAAGAAGUGUCAUGUUGGAGAAGAGAAGGCAAGAAGUGCAGAAGUAACAGUAUCUGUUGUGUGUGCCUUGUGGCUUAUUCAAAACAUUCCGGAUGUAAUGGCAAUCAUUCAGUCCUUGUAUAGAAUAUAUAAAUAUCCGAAAGAGCGGAAAGGAGCAACAUUAACGCUAUUUAUGAUGGAAUGUAGCCGAUCCAUAGGCACGGCAAUUUUAUUUUUCCAUGUUUUUCCAUCGUUGGAUCCAUUGUAUUGUUUGAUUUUAUCAGUCUAUGUGGUAUUUAUGCCGUUAUAUCUGAAAAUUAAAGAAUUGAUACAUUGUUCGUUCAAUCCGAUAUGGAGCCUGAAGAAGCGAUUGAAAUUACUGCUGCAUUCAUGUAGUUAUUCAGUGCUGUUUUUGGUUGUAUUUGCUUCCUGCUAUAUGUGGAGUAUAAGUGCUGUGCCUUUUUUCAAGUACAUUGCAUUACCACUCGGUUUAAUUUUGUCAUCAUUUGGCUUCUGGGAUUUGUGGAUUAAUGAGGGUCACUGUAUGUCGAGUUAUCACUAUUUGUAUCAAUUAAAGUAUGGAACGAGGAAAAUGACUUCAAUGACACGAUUCUUGAUAUCAGCGCUGCGCAUAUUGACUUCAAGUGCAAUUGUGUGGAUUGUAAAGCUUCGUUAUGUACCAUUUAAAGCUGUGAAGACAUCGCUGAUUGAAAUGUCUGACUCAGAAAGCACCACUGCUUUAUAUACUCUCUCUUUCUGGAUUAUCUUCCUGAAUUUUGUCCUACGGUUUAUAUCACGUCUGUUAUCAGCAAUGUCAAUGAGAGUCCUAACAGUACUGCAUCCACUUCUGAUCGUUGUACCACUGCUUACAAUAAUCUUUAUUGGAAUGUGUUUCAUCACUCCUGCAUGUUCCAUUCGUGGAUAUUUGUCUAUUUAUGAGUUACGAUGGCACUGUUUGACUUGGAAGGUGUCACAAAACUCAUUGCCAGAGAUAUGUUUUGGUGUUCUUUGGUUGAUAGUUUAUUUAUGCUGGGCUUAUCAGCAUGUCAAAGCACCUAAAUUCAGUGCUGAUGACGAUGUAUUUGAUACAAUCACAACUUUGUUAAAUGGUUUGACAAUCGAACAGUCGCUGGUAGUAUAUCAAGUUUCACAUAACAAAAAGGAAAUAGAUGAUGAUCACUGGUCAUCUGAUGGAGCAGAAGUUGAUGAUGGUGACCUUCGAAUAACCAAUGAUGAAAUUGAUAAAACCGUAACGUUAUAUAUUUGUGCAACUAUGUGGCACGAAACACGAAUCGAAAUGAUGCAAAUGCUAAAAUCCAUCAUAAAGCUUGACAAAGAACAUUCACUUAUGUUGAUAGAAAGACGACGCUCGGACGAUAUCAAAUAUAGAUUGGAAGCACAUAUAUUCUUCGACGAUGUUUGGGAAGAUCAGAUGGAAUGUGGUCGUGCUCCCAAUGGCUUCUUCCAAACUUUUUUUCAUUUGCUAUUGGAAUUGACACAAAAUGAAAGUGUCAACGAGAGUGCUGAAAAUGACCGUGUACUUGUUAAUACUGCUUAUGGUGGAAGGCUGGUAGUACGUCUACCAGCAGGUACUUUACUGUUUGUCCAUCUAAAGGAUAAGCAACUUGUUCGUCAUAAAAAACGUUGGUCACAGGUGAUGUACCUAUAUUAUCUGCUGGGUCAUCGAAUUAUGGAUUCUCACAUGAGUGUGGAGGAUCGUCAACUUGAAGCAGAUAAUACAUACAUUUUAGCUAUUGAUGGUGAUUCAAAAUUUGAACCAUCAGCAGUGAUGAAGUUGCUAAGAUUGAUGAAUGCAAAAAAUGAGAUCGGUUCUGCUUGUGGACGGAUCCAUCCUAUUGGCGAAGGCAUAAUGAUAUGGUAUCAAAAAUUCGAAUAUGCUAUUUCUCAUUGGUUCCAGAAAGCAGCCGAACAUGUUUUCGGAUGUGUAUUGUGUGCUCCCGGUUGCUUCUCGCUUUUUCGUGCAUCUGCUUUGAUGGAUGAUAACGUCAUGCACAAGUAUACUAAGACUGCAUCCGAAGCACGUCAUUUUGUGCAGUACGAUCAGGGCGAAGAUCGUUGGUUAUCAACUCUGCUCCUAAAACAAGGUUACCGAAUCGAGUAUGCCGCUGUUGCAGAUGCGGAAACGUAUGCACCUGAAGGUUUCCAUGAAUUUUUCAAUCAACGACGUCGUUGGACUCCCUCUUCCAUAGCGAAUACGGUCGAUUUACUUGCCGACUAUAAACGCGUCUGUCAAAGCAAUAACAGCAUAUCCAGAAUGUAUAUUUUGUAUCAGACAAUGGUGAUUGGUUUCAGUCUCUUGUCUCCAAGUAUCGUAUUUACCAUGCUUGUUUAUGCCCAGGUAUCUACAUUUGAAGCAGAAUCGGACAAAAUGUUGCUGUACAACUCUUUACCUGUGCUUGCUUUUAUUGGGCUUUGUUUCAUUGCUGAUUCGAAUUCUCAGAUAAUUUUUGCCAAACUUAUUUCUGUGAUAUAUGGCUUUGUGAUGCUUGCUGUUGCUAUAGCUACAACCAAUCAGAUAAUUCUUGAAACUGCGCUUUCUCCUACUCCAAUCUUUGUGCUCUGCAUGAUAGGCAUAUUCGUCCUGGCUGCAAUUCUACAUCCACAGGAAUUUCACAACAUUUUCUACGGUCUAAUAUUCUUCCUAAUGAUACCAUGCACAUACAUCUUUAUGUCACUUUAUGCACUAAUUAAUUUGAACAUUAUAAACUGGGGUACACGAGAAGCUGCUUCAGUUGCAAUCGGUAAUAAUGCAAGCCAUACUGAAUUCCAUCAUCUAUUGCAACGAUUUGGUCUUCAUAAAGUGAUCGAUUUUGUGAGAUCAACAUCAUCAUGGAGAUCUGCUAUAACAACAACAACAACAACAACUACUACUACUACUACUGCUGCUAAUGAUGUACAAGAAAUACAAAAAAAAAUUGAUAAUAUGAAAACGGAACUUCAGGAACUUAAGGAUGUUGUGCUCUCGUCAUCACCUUCAACACCCUUUAAAAGGCUAGUAUUGAGAGAAAACAUGAAUCGUUUUCUAUGGAUGGAUGCUGAAUAUCUCCAAGUUUGUAGUCGUGGAAGAUUGAAUGCAGCAGAGGAUGAAUUCUGGAAUGGAAUGAUUGAACAAUACCUCAAACCAUUGGAGUUCACAGAAGAGGAGAUGAGACGAGAUGUUGCCAGUUUAGUCAGUUUAAGAAACCGGAUUGCAUCUUCAGUUUUGAUUGUCAACGGCCUAUUAGUUUUAGCUGUGUUUCUUAUACAAAAGCAUAAGGAAAUACUUUCGUUUCAAUAUAAACCGUACGAAGGUUUCGAGUGGUCAAAAUUGAGCAAGAAGACAGGAAAAUUUGAACUUACUGAUGAGCCAUUAAAAGUUGAACCGAUUGGCUUAUUCAUCAUAGCUUUCUUGCUGAUAAUCUUAGUUGUUCAGACAUGCGGCAUGUUUGCUCAUAGGAUCACCACAUUAGUUGGCGCUUUCCAUGAGGUUUCAAGCAUGGAAGAUUUCGACUUCAGCAAUAAAAACUUUGAGAAUGAGAAUAGAAUCAAAGAAAAUGCCCAGCAAAUGUUCGAUGCAACGUUGUAUGACAACGCACAUGGAGCUGACGGAUAUAUCCGCCUUCAUCAUGACACACGUGCGGCAUGUAACGUUCUUAACAAGCUCCAACAAUCGAAAGUAAUGCAUCGAUCUGCAGUAUCACGAGUUUCCAGACUUUAG